AUGGAUGACCCGGGUGGCUCCUGGUCGGUGUCCCUGCAGGCAGCAGCAGCAGCAGCGGCCAACACGAGCUGGUCAGGUGCCGCGGGGCUCGGUGUGUCCGCGCAGAGCCAGCUGCUGCUGGAGAUCCUCAUGGUUCUCAUGUGUUUGGGCGCUGUGACAGGUAAUAUUCUUGUCAUUGUUAUUGUGGCUGCAACCAAGACUCUCCAUUCGGUGACGUCAGUGCUGAUCAUGAACCUGGCCAUCAGUGACCUCCUGGUGGGCGUCGGCGUGAUGCCUUUUGUUGCUUUGUCCAUCAUGAACCACGGAUGGGAGGAUUGUACUGACCUCUGUCUGUACGUGGGUUACACCUCCUCUGUGUACUGCACAGCUUCUGUACUGACGUUAGCAGCCAUUGCUCUCGACCGCUACCACUCCAUCAUGGACUGCCUGCGCUACAGCUCCCGCUGCACCCUGUGGAGGAUCUGUGCUGUGGUCCUGUGGAUCUGGCUGCAGGCUCUGGUCACCAGUUGUCCUCCCCUGCUGGGCUGGAGCUCCAUCAGCUAUGUUGUUCCCAUGUACAGCUGUGUAGUCAACUGGGACAGCAGUCCCAGCUACACUGCUUUCAUGACUGCCCUCUCCUACCUCAUACCAGCUGUGGUCAUCCUCUUUUGCUACGUGAACAUCGUCAAGGUGGCCCGCAGCCAUGCCAGGAGGAUUCAUACAUUGGAGGACUCUGUGCAGCGCAGCAGGAAUCCAAGCUCUGCCUUCGCUGGGGAUUCAUCUCACCAUCACUGUAGGAGCCUCCACAGCCCCUCCAGACUGAUUUAUCAUGUAAGUGGACAGUUUGUGUCUGAGGUCAGUAGAGAAGAGGGAACUUAUAUCAGAUCUGCUCUCCCUGAUUCUGUGACAGAGCAGAAUAACCCUACAUCCAGACGUUUGGUCUCCUUUCUGGCUCAGAGCGCCUCCCAGCCCCAGCUGCAGAACUCCCAGCAGCACCAUAACCACCAUGGACUGGUGCGUCUCUUCCUGGUCAUCGCAGCUUUCUUCCUCUGCUGGACACCUUACAUAGGCGUGGCCCUGGUUCAGGCCACAGAAACUGCAAUCUCAGGCCAAUCCAGCCUCAUCCCACCCUCUGCUGUCACCUUUUCCUACUGGCUGGUGUUGCUGAACUCUGACAUCAACCCAUUGCUAUACGCUCUGCUCAGCAAACGUUUCCAGGGCGCUCUUCAGGGACUGAGGCAAAAAAUAAGAGCACGAUUUGGGAGUGUGGUGGGCAGGCGAGGGGGGGUUAGGGCAGAGGGAGAUGACGGCAGGAGCAGCGAUCCCUGCACUCUGUCCACCACCCAUCCUGGCCCGCCUUCCAGCUCUGGUGAUGACUCCAAGUAUUCUUCCUCCGUUUUUACCAUUAGCACUGAUUUUAAACAUCACUCUAAGGAGCAUCUAUGCAAAGUGUGUCACCAUGAAAAUACCUCCCCGUCCUGCUCCGUCUGGCAAGAAGCUGGUGAUGAAGGUAGGCUGGACUGCCUGCAGGUCCCCCCUCGACCACUAGAGGGCAGCAGAUUACCUUUCUCUGCUCUGACCAAGGAGCGUCAGGCCACUUUUUUCUACGGACAGAUAAGAGUCAGAGUAGAGCAUGAUGUUUGUUAG